GUUGAGUUGGAUUCCUCCUCCUCAUCAUGUAAACCAGUACUUGAUAAGCUUGAAGGUCUGUAUCUUUGGUAUUUGCCUAGGUUGCGGGCACUAGUGAGAGUGGGAGGAGUAGCAACACCGCCACGUGUCUUUUCCAAUCUUAAGAGACUUCAUAUAGAAGAAUGUUCAGGAAUGAGGCAGUUGUUUCCACUUGAGCUACUGCAGGCCCUCCAAAAUUUAGAGGUGAUUCGGGUUAAUGGUUGCGAACAAAUGGAGGAGAUAAUAGCCUCAUCAGAUUUAAAUGCAUCAUCAUCGGAUAAAUUCACUUUCCUUUUUCCUAAAUUACGGGAAUUGCACUUGUCGAUGUUACCUCAAUUGAAGAGCAUUUGCAGUGCCAAAGGAGUUAUGGUUUGCAAUUCUAUUGAAGAAAUUUGGAUAGAGGAAUGUCCAGAGUUAAAAGAGGAUCCCUGUGCAGCUUCCACUGCUUGAUAAUGGCCAACCAUCUUCUCCUCCUCAUCUCGAAAAAAUCUGUAUUUUUGAAGACAAAGAAUGGUGGGAAUCAGUGGAGUGGGAUCAUCCUAAUGCAAAGAUCAUACUCCUACCUUUCGUGCAAUAUGAUGGUAACAGUAGAGCAGCAAAUGUGUGUUAAUAAUAAGCCACGUGCUACCACAAUAACACGUGGCAGUAAAAGCCUUUCCUCUACAACACCCGACGAGAAAGCCGAUGUAAGAGAGAAGGGUAUUUUAUUCUCUUCCUUGGGUAUUGUGGUGGAAUUUGAGCCCCUUUUGAUCACCCAGUAAAUAAAAUGAGAAUUGUGCUUAUCAUUUUAAAAACUUGGGAAAAUAUGAUCAACUAAUAAAAUCGUGGUUGGAACAUUAAUAUUUCCAUUUUUUCUUCUUUUCAAUUUUUUUUUUAUAUUUAUGAUUUUUUUAUAGGCAGAAGGUGCAAUUCAGCCCCUCUACCAGCCAUGUUGUGGCAGAUCAGCCCCUGUACUAGAAACUAUGGCAAAUCAGCCCCUCUACUUCAUGUUAUCCGCAGAACACCCCUUUUAAUGAGAAUGACGUCAUCCAACCGUUAGACCCUCCAUUGCCCGUUAAAACCUGAUGAGUUGGCACUGACUGGGAGCUGAUUGGAUGCUGAUGUGGACCAAUUUUACUCCACCUGGGUUUACCGAGAUGGCACUCCAAUGCUUUUACUAAAGAACCCUUACCAAAACAAUAAAUUGGGGAUCUAGGGUUUCAAUCUCACAAUCUCUCCCUGAUUGAACUUUCCUUCUGUAAUUGACUAUUAUGCUAUGUAAUUGACUACCAAAAAUCAGAAAAAUGUAAAUUGAUUUACUGUACAUUUUGCCCUAUUUAUUUCUCUCCAGUUUCUCCUGUUUUAAGUGGUAAGUUCCUGUUUGCUAUGAAUAAAUGGAAACAUAGACA